GCGGCGGCGGAGGCGGUGGCGGUAGCGGCGGCGGCUGGGUCGGGCCCCGACGGGCGGCGGCGGCUGAGGUGGAGGCGGAGGGAGGCGGCGGCGGCGGCGAAGGAGGCGGCGGCGGCGGAGGGGGGAAGAUGGCGGCGCCCGUCCUGCUGAGAGUGUCGGUGCCGCGUUGGGAGCGGGUGGCCCGGUAUGCAGUGUGCGCCGCCGGGAUCCUGCUCUCCAUCUACGCCUACCACGUGGAGCGGGAGAAGGAACGGGACCCCGAGCACCGGGCCCUCUGCGACCUGGGGCCCUGGGUGAAGUGCUCUGCCGCCCUCGCCUCCAGAUGGGGUCGAGGAUUUGGCCUUUUGGGUUCCAUUUUUGGAAAGGAUGGUGUAUUAAACCAGCCAAACAGUGUCUUUGGACUUAUAUUUUAUAUUCUACAGUUACUACUUGGCAUGACAGCAAGUGCAGUCGCAGCUUUAAUCCUCAUGACUUCCUCUAUCGUGUCUGCAGUAGGCUCUUUGUACCUGGCCUACAUUCUGUACUUUGUGCUGAAGGAGUUUUGCAUCAUCUGCGUCAUCACAUACGUGCUGAACUUCAUUCUUCUUAUCAUCAACUACAAACGACUAGUUUACUUGAAUGAGGCCUGGAAACGGCAACUGCAGCCCAAGCAGGACUGAAACCUGACGAACUCUUAACUGACAGUCUGAAGUCCCUUUUUCCAUUAAGUUUAUUUUGCAGCAGUUUUUUUUUUUUUUAAUUCUUCACAACAGACACUUUCCCUAAGAAUCUUCAACUGAUUUUUUAAAAUCCUGUAAAUUAGAAGGGGCCCUAGCUAUUUUCUGUGUCAAUCUUCAUUUUAAAUAUGGAUACAAAAAAAAGGAUAUGCCGAGCCAAUCAAAGACAAGCUUUAACUUUACUUUGAAGGUGUUUCUGAAAUAAUAAAAUAUAGUCCUAGCCCCCUUCCCUCAAUUGUAAUGUGAGCAACCAUUGCUAGUAAUUCUCUAAUGUGUAUAAAUUCAAUUUCAGGUAUAACAAAUGUGAUCAUGACAUGAAAAUAUUUUAGAAUAGAUACUGUAUUAAAUAUUGCCAUGUUUACAAUACAUAAUAUGUUUUUAGCCGAUGGAUUUAAACAUGUAGAUUCAACUAGAAUCCAUUUAUGUGAUAUUUGUAAAUAAAAGUAGAAAUAUUGGAUCCAUCCCUGCAGAACUUACUGUACAGUUUAGUUGAAGUGUAGCAACGAAGAACUGUCAGCUCGACGUUGACUGAAGAAAUAGUGAAAAAUGUAAGUCCACACAGAGCAUCUUGUGAAAAGCACUGACCACUGUGGGUUCAGCGCUGACAGCAAAAAUUGUAGGGCGAUUGGUUCCCUUCUAUCUCCUUCCUCUGAAAGGAAGAAACUAAAUUUGGACAUUCAGGUCACGCUUGUACCUAGUCAUAAAACUGGAUCAAUUAUAACUUUACAGAAUGAGUCAUGUGAUCAGACUUUCAAAUCCAAGGCCUUCAGGACAAUAAAGAUGGGGAAAUGGGCAGAUUUCUUUGGAGAAAAGCUGGAAAUAUUAAUACGGCAUUUUUAGGUAAAAUCUCUACAAGAGUUGAAUUUUCAUGCAGAUAUUUUUCCCUUAACAUUGGUGCCAGUCAGCCAAACAGUAUUGACUUUGAAAUAAUCAGUUUAAGCCCAGUCGCUCCAGGCAGAAUCGAGCUCUUGGGUAGCUCCGUAGCGUUUUCCCUGUUUCUUCCUGCACCAACUAACCAGACGUCUAGUUUAAUUCUUUUAGAGUCAGAUACUGGAUUUGUAGACUUUAGAGCUGACCUGCUGCUCAGUUUGCUUACUUGGGAGGACUACUAAAGGUUGAAAUACCACGAGGUGAAAUACAGUAAUGUCGUCACUGCUCUUUCUAAUAACUACCCAAAUGCAGAGUUAUUAAAAGUGAUUUGAGUAAACCCAAAUUAAAUAGUGACAGUAUGUUCCUAUGGUUAACAUCUUAUAUCAGAAUGUUAAAAGUGCCUUCUGUCUUAAAUCUCAUACCAAAUAUUUUUGUGUGUUGAACUUGGGCAGAAGUAUCCUUCCUUCCUUUCUUAGCAUGAAACAGAAAACUUGGCUUCUACAGAAAGGUUCGGUAUGAUCAUUUUAUUCCUUAGACUGAAGAAGUAGUAGCAAUGUUUUUGCUUCCAGUUCCGUUCAUCAUUAUGUUAAAAACAGACCAGUAACUUUUGAGUGCUUUAUUUGCCUUCUUUUCAAGGGAGGGGACAGGUUCUGCUCUGCAAACCAUAACACGUGGAGUCAGCAACUGUUCAGCAGUUUCCAACUAACCACCAUAAUUGACACGAUGUAUUCUUCUGGCCCAAGGCAGGUAUAGAAUCUGAGCUGUAAUGUACCUUUAACUGGUUUAAACUAGCUUUGUAAAAGAUGGCUUAAUUCAGAUUCCAUCAAGGCUUAUGUUUUCCCAUGAAUGUGAAUAUUUCAAUGCCUAUUUUAUUAUAUAUGUAUUGUUCUUGUUUCUAUAGUUAAAGAACUCUAGAAAGCGUUAAUUAGAUGUCUGGUAUUUAUGGAGAAACAAGCCCUAACGUUGGCGAACUGCGCAACGAGGUCAUCUUGGAACAGUGCUUCCGGCUCUACCCCACAGUUUACUGCUUUUCUUUUCUCCAGUAGAGUGGAAAUGGCUUCACAGUGAAGACUUCGGUGGUGUAUAUAACUGGCCGUGCUAAACAAGUUCCUGGUGUCCCAAUUUAAAGUUGUUUUUCACCAUAUUCUGUAUCAGUCAGCAGAGUAUAGUUAAAGCUUGUCUUGGUGUUGCAUUCUUGCAAAUGUCUCCAACUCUGACAUGAGACAAUGUCAGACUAUUCAGCCAGACCCUUCAAGUUUUUCCUUUGCUUUUCUAAGCCUUGGGGAAACCACUGUUUCAGUUGUAGAAAAAUUGUUGCCACAUUCCUGUGACCCCAGAAUUAAUAUCCUUCUUCUCACUGAGUGAUGAACACGUGCUGCCUGAAACAACAGCGUGGUGACGCCUGUAUCUCUGUAAGCAAAGCCCUCCCCCCACCCUGCCCAGUGAUGUGAUUUGGUAUUUUUGCCCUGGAAGAAUUUAGACUUCCCGCGACAUCAGAAUUCCACCUCAGAAUAAGGGGAAAGUCCCAUGUUAUAAAAUCUCUGGAUUGUUAUGAUUUUAGACUGAAUAUUUAAACACUGCAACAUUAUUUGUCACCAACGUUGAAGAACAGAUUAGGGAAAAAGUUGAAUUUCUGCUUCUUGGCUUUCAAAAUGAUUUGUAACUAAUGAAGUGUCUUGUUUACUUUGAUAGUCUUUUAUCAUUUGAAGAAGGGAAGUUGGGUUAGAUGAUACAUUCUAGGGGAUCUCGGUGGCCUGGAGGAUUUCAUUUGUUUUUUUCAUUACAGCUAGUUGCUGUCAGCGAGGGUAAACUUCUGGUGGAAAAACUCAGGUUUAACCAGCUGCUUGUGCCAGGAAUUACUUUGACUUGAUAUUUGGAGCUUCUCCUUUAAAUCCAUUACUUUUAAAGAUGUCGAAACCAUUGACUAUUUUCAUACAAAGAGACAAAGAUCUGUCAUUUGGUACAAGAGAUCUUUGGACCUACUAGGGAGGGUACAGGACGAAGACUACAGUGAAAUUAAACUGUUAGUUGCCUUUAGUUUGCUUAUAUUUCAGUUAUUUUUAAAACUAUCAGUAAAAGUGCAGCGUUAUCUUCACCAAAGCUUGACACCAAUGAAUGCUGACAGAUCUUGUCCUGAAAACCAGGAUUGGACAAAUGCCAACAAGAAAUCCACUAUCAUUUCUGGCAACCUAUUUGGGAAGGAACACCUAAUAUUCAGUCUUUGUCCUCGUGUAUUUUUCCCCAACAGGCAAGUGCAGGUGAAACAUUUCUAUUCAUACACUGUAGGCAGCACUUAUGAUUCCUAAUCUGUGAGAACCACCCUUCAGUAAAUCAAAGGGGGCGGGGGCGGGAGUCCGGGCUACUUGGUUAAACUUUUUUUUUUUUUUGACAAAUUAGCCCAGAAAAG